CAAAUAAUUUGUCGGACCAAGAAAUACAGAAUAUUCUUUUUUUAAUUGUUAAAUUUGCAUUUGAGUUUUGAAAAUUUCCAUGGCUCUUUGCCGGUCUAUUUUAAAAUAUAUUUUACGAAAGAAUUGCAAUGAAGUUUAAAAGAUACUAUCUGACACACCAUUGAGUCACGCAUGUAUUCUCGUAUCCUUUUGGUUUUGAGAUGACCUGACUCAAAACACAUACGCUGGAGUGAUAUUCCUAGCACUGCGCGUGAAAACUUCAUUUGCCGGGAAGAAUGUCCCUGCGGCGUGGCGCAAACUGGUGGCGCUCCUUGGAACCACGUAGGCGGAGAUCCGGCCGGCAGCCGCUGUAAUGAGGGAGGGGGGAGGGAGAAGAAUGGAGUGUAAAAGGGACAGAAUAACGGGGGUAGAGGGAGGCAGGCUGAGGCGGGCGAUGACACCGCGUCUCACUGUCAGACAAGGCUACGCUCUGUAGUGGAUGGAGGCUAUCGUCGCUCAAGCAAGGAAUAGGUUAUCGUGGAGAAAAAUUCGUGUAGCAAAAUUAUUUUUAAUUGUUACAUUUUUGAUAGAAGUUAAAUACCAACACGAUGCCGAAAAAGACACCAUUCAGAAAGAUCCGUAAAAGAACUAAACGGUCGAAGUGCAUAAGAAGACUGAAGGAAAAAUACAAAGAAUUUGUUAAUGCUGGUUUCAACUCUGUGGAAAGGUAAGAUUGCAAACUUUUGAGUGUGUUCAUCUUCACUAAAAUUCUGCCAGCACAACAUGUAUGUAUUAUAAAAUCACAUUUUUAGCUGUGCAAAAGUCCUAAUAUUAUUAAUUAAUUCCACAGGACAUCUUCCAGUUUAACAGAUUAUGCUCCUGCUGCUGCUACACAGAUGGAAACGUCUGCCUACGUACCACCUGUAUGCCAGGGCGAUCACGACACCACCAGCGGUAACGUCCAAAAUAUAACCGAGUAAGUAAUUUAAUUACAUAAUUUCGUAUAGUGCUUGUUACCUAAGCAUGAUGCGAGGAUCGUGCUGUUAGUGUUAUGUAAGGCACAGAUGAUGGGUUCGAGUACCACUCUGACUGAGGAUUUUGAGGCUCCCUCAGAUAAAGUCAGUGUGUAGUGUGUAAGUCAUCUUACAAUUAGUUUAUCAGCAUUAUAAAUUAGAAGUUAACAAGCAAAAAAAAUAUUUGAAGCGGAUGCAAAAAAAAUGCUGCAGGUUGUGUAAUUUUACUCAAAAAUUCCUUGUGUAUCAAGAAAAUCUAAAUGUCUUUCGUUCAAACUUGUUCAUGCAUAGACUUAUUUAUAAAGAAAAAAGUGUUUUGUUGUACAUGUUUUAAUUCCCUAUUUUGCAAUUCAAUUUAUAUGUAAAUAGAUUGGUCGAUUUGUCAGAAUGCUUCUUAGGUAACUUAUUGAGUGGUUGUGGGUUCCAAACCUCCUAUCGCGUUAUAUAACUAUGAAAUAAUCCGGUGACAAAAUGUUAGAGAACCUCAUAAUCAUGGUUGACUGUCAUACAUUGACAGUGAUUUAUUCUCGGUUUAAAAAAAUAGCAUACACUGUCUGUAUAAAUGCACUUCAUGUAAGUUAACUACUAGCCGAAAAUGAAAUUCACCCCUGCAUUAAAUAUGUAUCAACAUAUACUCGUUAAUAUAAAAAUAGUCUGGUAAAAUUACCCAUUCAUAGAAAUUUAACACUUUUGAUGGAACUUUUACUUCUGCAUAGAGUGAAAGAAUUCACGAACUUUGUAGGUGCAAAAGGACACUAACAUCGGUGGAAUCUCUGCUGCCGCAGACUAUUGUGUAAAUUUACACAACUUUUUCACAGUUUAUCGUGUUCCUAGUGAUCACAUACAGUAGCAUUAUAAAAUUCAUUAUCAGUAUUCUAAAGCACCAACUCUCUAAAUCACCUGGUAUUCCACUACACUUAAAAUAUUCAAAGUAACCAUCUGAAAUCAUGCAAAGCUUUGGUGGGAAGCUGGGUAAGAAUGUAAUAACAACAGCCGUUCACUCAUUGAUGACACCAAGCUAGCACAGUCGUCCGCCACCCUCGCCAACACAAUAAAACCAAUUUUUAGACAGCAAUGAAUUGCGAGUCGGUUACGCAUAAGAAGAGUUGUUUUUUGGUUAUUAGCAUUUUUUUUCAACGAAUAAAUAAGUAAUUAAGCUGCAGCAAAAAAGUUCACUGUACUUAGAGAAGCAGGCACAUGGAAAUCGGAUGUUGUGACAACUGUAUCUCGCAAGGCGUAUUAAAAUAAACAUAGUGUUAAAACGUGGAGUGACACAGACUAAGUAAAAUUCGUUUUAAAUUGUAUGUUGUCGUAACAGUUCACUGUGAUAAAUAAAAGUUUCAAAUGACAGACGUGUGAUUAAACUGAUUUUUUUUUCAGCGAGGAUAUUUCUGGAUUGGAUUGCUCAUUCUUGCCAAGUGAAGAAGUAUCGAAUGUUGAAAUUCUUCCAAAUGAAACUGCUGAAACUGUGACAAUGAAAGAAAAAAUCGUUCAAGGACGUCGUUUUGUAAAUAUGAGUCACAUGUUAAACCAACUCACCUCUUUAGCUACUCAUGUGCUACAGUGCACAACAGGUCGCUUUGAAUUUCAGUCCGAAAAAAGAAUUGGCAUUGUCAGCUACUUCACUUAUAAAUGCAUGAUGUGUGAAAAAACAAGGAUAAUUUCAACGGAAAAAGAAGAAGAGGAAUUAAAUGAUUUAUUUGUGUGGGGAUCAUUAUCAGUUGGGAUUGGACACCAACAAGUAGAAGAAAUGAUGGCAGUAAUGGAAGUCCCUGUAAUGAGUAAACGGAAAUGGACGAGACAUGAACAGCGAGUUGAAAAGGUAGGAAAAAGCACUAUGGUUUGUUUUUUAUUUUGCAUAAUAUAAAUAUUGGUACCUGGGCGACCGAGCAUCGUUCGCGUCUUAUAUUUUUUGCUUUAAAAUCGCUUUUAUUCAGGGAAGAUACCUAUUAAGAUAAACUUUAAAGGCAACACGUUUACUAAAUAUAAAUUUUCAUCAAAUAGUUAGAGCCGAUUCGGAGUUGCCCAUAUGUGUGUCUAUAUAUAGGGCCUACAUAUACACAUACACACACAAUAAUUGCUCAUUUAAUAGUACAUAUUAGAUGAUUUUUCUGCAGAAAUAAAUAUUUUUUGUCAUUGGCUGUAAUGAAUCAAAAUAAAGGUAACAGCAACAACUAACCUGUUAUUUAUAUUUUUAGGCAUGGGAAGACAAACUGGAAAAAUACAUGCUUGCUAAUGGAGUCCAAGAACGUGAAAUCGCUCUAAAGAAGGGCAACAUAGAUGAAGAUGGAAUCCCUUACAUUACAGUCUAUCAAGAUGGCGGUUGGUGUACAAGAUCAUACGGCCAUGGUUUUACUGCAAAAUCAGGAGUUGCUUGCAUAAUUGGAGCCGAAACUAAUGGUUUGCUGUACGUUGGAAUACGCAACAAGUAUUGUUAUAUAUGUAACAACCAAGAAAAACCAGGCAGCAAAUCCAGGCCACAUAAAUGCUACAAAAAUUAUAAAGGAACUUCAACAGGAAUGGAACAAGAAAUUAUUGUACAAGGUUUUAAAGAAAGCGAAUCGAUGCAUGGGGUACGUUAUUUGUACAUUAUCAGUGACGGUGAUUCAAGUUCGUAUCUGAAGAUUCAGCGAGGUGUUUCAUAUGGUAGACAUGUAGUGAAAUUGGAAUGUGCCAACCAUAUGAUAAGAAACUACACUAGCAAACUACAUGCCAUUACCAAGGAUACCACUCACGUCAUCACUGCAAGGCGUCAAUUGUCCCAGUUAAUUCCUCGAUUGAAGAGAGGGGCACGAGCAGCUAUUGCUUCUGCAAAUAAAGAGUGCAAUAGUACUAUGCUGCAAAAAGAUUUGAAGAAUGGUCCUUACCACGUAUUUGGCGAUCACGAGAAUUGCCGAGACACAUUUUGUGUCAGGAAAGGUACGGGCGAGCUAAACAAUGUUCCAAUUAUGUCUGCAACAACUAUAUGGCCAGCUAUAAUGAAAGCACUAGACCCACUCAUUACCAAGGCUGACAAGUUGUUAGGUAAUAAAACAACUAACCAAGCAGAACGCUUCAUGAGUUUGAUUUCAAAAUUUUCCGGUGGCAAACGGACAGAUGUCUCAAAAAGUGGUCGGUACAAAAGGUGCUGCUUGGGUGCUAGUCUGUCACACAUCAAAGGUCCGAACUGGCACCUUUCACCAGUAAAAACUCUAUUAGGUCGUAGCCCAGGUUCAGUGACAAAGCGAGUUUUAAAUGCACGCGCGACAGCUGUUGAAAGGAAUCGCAAAAGAAGGUUAUCUGACAGUCGUAUAUCUGCCAAAAGAUAAUGUGUAUUUUCUCAGCCAGAUUGUGACUAUGGACCCGAAGCUGCCCAACCCGAUAUUUCUACAGAGGAAAUGGAGAGAAAGAAAACGAAGGUCUUGAAGCGGCUCGAAAGUUCAGUUUCUUCCGAACAUCUGUGUCAUGAACUGGAGAGAAAUACGGUCGGCCAACAUUGUAAUGUUGCUUGGAGGGAAGCAAGA